AUGGGUACUUGCUAAACAAAUUGUUGCAACAAAGACCAGGAAUAUGGUUUACGAACUCAUUAGAAAAGUGAGAUAAAUGUGGAUGAAGGCAAUCCUGAUAUGGAAGACUCCAAAGGUAAACUCUCUCAUCAUUCUAUCUAAAAACAACGAGAUAAAUUUGAAGAAGAUCGCAUGCAUGAACAAUAAGAAUUGGAGAAAAAAAAACUCAAAAACAAAGAAGAUUAAAUUCUAAAUAAUGCUAAAGUGUCCCAAAAUGAAAAUGAGAAAAAUAAAUAAAAAAAAGAAUCAGCAUCUAAUUAAACUGAUAAAUAAACUCCUACUCCUAACUCAAAACUAAAACAUUUUGAAGAUGAUGGCCCCAUCACCAAAUAUGAUCUCCAAGAAAAGCCUAACAAAAAUUCAGUUUUUUAAAAAAAAAAAAAUAAAAACUUGGAAUUUAAUCAAAAAGUGUAAAAAGCUGAAUAAGAUGAUACCUUGAGUGAUGUUCGUAUCAAAUUAGCCGCAAAAACACUUGACAAAGGAGCAGUCUAUGAAGGCGAAUGGUUAAAAGGAAAACGCGAUGGCCAAGGAAAGCAAAUAUGGCCGGAUGGUUCAAUUUAUGAAGGAUAAUGGGUUGAAGGAAGGUGCUGUGGAAAAGGAAAAUUGAUUCAUGCAGAUGGUGAUGUUUAUGAAGGAGAAUGGCUCGAUGAUAAAGCUCAUGGAGUAGGAGUUUAUUAACAUGUUAAUGGUGCUAGAUAUGAGGGUUAAUGGUUCAAUGAUAAAUAAUCAGGAAAGGGAAUUGAAACUUGGCCUGAUGGAGCUAGGUACGAAGGAGAAUAUCAAGAAGGCAGAAAAGAAGGCCAUGGAAUACUGUACUUUGCUGAUGGAUCCAAAUACACAGGGUUUUUUGCCAAUAAUGAAAUCCAUGGUUAUGGGGUUUAUGAAUGGUCGGAUGGAAGAGUGUAUAAGGGAAACUGGAAAUAGAAUAAGAUGAAUGGAGUUGGAGAAAUUAAGUGGAGUGAUGGUCGUUAAUUUAUUGGAAAUUACUAAGACGAUUUGAAACAUGGAAGAGGUCAGUUCCUCUGGCCAGACGGAAGGAGAUACAUAGGAAAUUGGGUUGAAGGCAAGUAAUAAGGUUAUGGGGCUUAUUACUUACCUAAUCAACCACCAAAAUAUGGUAUUUGGGCUGAUGGCAAAAGAACUUAAUGGUUAGAUCCAGACCAAGUGGAAUAAUUAAAGAGUAAAUAGGAAUUGGACUUUUGAUUUCUAAUAAAUUAAUAACUUUUGGGAUAUGAUAUGUUUUA